AUGCAGAUCUUCGUCAAGACCCUCACGGGUAAGACUAUCACCCUUGAGGUGGAGUCUUCCGACACCAUCGACAAUGUCAAGUCCAAGAUCCAGGACAAGGAGGGCAUCCCCCCCGACCAGCAGCGCCUGAUCUUCGCCGGAAAGCAGCUCGAGGACGGCCGCACCCUCUCCGACUACAACAUCCAGAAGGAGAGCACCCUCCACCUCGUCCUGCGCCUGCGUGGAGGUGCCAAGAAGCGCAAGAAGAAGGUCUACACCACCCCCAAGAAGAUCAAGCACAAGCGCAAGAAGACCAAGUUGGCCGUCCUCAAGUACUACAAGGUCGACUCCGACGGCAAGAUUGAGCGUCUCCGCCGCGAGUGCCCCUCCGACACCUGCGGUGCCGGUGUUUUCAUGGCUGCCAUGAACGACCGCCAGUACUGCGGCCGCUGCCACCUUACCUACGUCUUCGACAAGAAGGAGUAA